AUGAAGCCUACCAUGGGAGUUGCUAUUAUCGGAGGAGGACUGUUCGUCAAAGGAUCUCAUCUGCCUGCUGUGCUCAAGUGCGAUCUCUUCAGCCUUGAGGCCAUCUACUCAAGGUCUCUGAAGUCAGCCCAAGAAACCGCUGACCUUGUUCCUGAUUCCGCCAAGAAGCCGGAUCUCUACGCUGAGGAUGCUGGUCCCAACAAGUCUUAUCAAGACCUCCUCAAACGAGAUGACAUCUCAGCCGUCAUCAUCGCCCUUCCCAUCCUCACUCAGCCCUCUUUCAUAGAGGCAGCCCUCGCCGCCGGCAAACAUGUCCUUGCUGAAAAGCCCAUCGCCAAGGACGUUGCCUCUGCUCGAGCCCUAAUCGCAAAUGCUCAACGUAUUUGCGCCACCAGCAACGCUACCUUUGCCAUCGCCGAAAACGUGCGCUUCUACCCAAGCUUUGCCUAUGCUGCCAGCGAAGCCGCAAAGUUUGGCAAAGUCCACAACUUCAGCGUUCGUGUCCUAUGGCGCGUUGAGCCAGAUAACAAGUGGUACAACACCGCAUGGCGCAAAACGCCUGAUUACCAGGGAGGAUUCUUGCUCGAUGCCGGCGUGCACUGGGCUGCCGCCACGAGGCUGCUGCUGGCUGGCGAGGGGAACAAACCGCAGUCGGUGCAGGCAUUUACUGCGCAAAUGUGCGAGCAUCUGCCACCAAUUGAUACUCUUAAUGCCAUCGUCAAAACUCAGUCAGGGGGAUCUGGUUCGUUUCAACACUCAGCUGGAUCUCUACUCCAGGCUUUUGAGUGGAGCUUCUCGUACGAAAAGGGCUCUGUCAAAGUUGCUGGAGAGACUGUCACAGUAAAACCGGUCGAUGGAGAAGAGUCUGUCAAAGAAUUUUCCAGGACCAAUGGUGUCACUGAGGAGGUAGCCGCAUGGGCACAGAGCAUUGUCGAUGGCACAGUCAACCCGCUACAGACGCCGGAACAGGCUCUUGCUGAUUUGGAAUUCAUGGAGAAGAUGUUUACAAGUGGAGAUGAGAAUGGAUCGACACAAAAGUAUGAGUUGCUGUAA